GGCCCUCGGGCGGGCCGCGGGGUCGCGUCUUCGCGGAUAUUUCCCGGCACAGGCGGCUGUCGCGGCGCAGACCUGGAGCGCGGCCUCGUCUCCGAACUAUAUGCAGCACAGCAGCUGAGGAAUCUGGCAUACAAACAUUAAUGGAUUUGGCUGCAGCCCACAUAUAAGGUACUCCUUCACCCCAGAGGAUGCACUGUCCUUUGGAUAGGUCUUAUCACCUUUUUGAAGAGGUUACAGAUGCAAGUGGGCUUACAUGUCUCCACCUGAGCUCAGCAUCUCUUCCCUGGACAUAUCUUUGCCUGCCACUACUGCAAGACAUUAACCUGCAGCCCAGGAAGGAGGAGGAUGACUCAGUGGUAUCAACUGCAGCAACUUGAUUCCAAGUUUUUGGAACAAGUUCACCAGCUGUAUGAUGACAGCUUUCCUAUGGAAAUCAGACAGUACCUGGCGCAGUGGCUGGAAAACCAAGACUGGGAACAUGCAGCCAACAACGUAUCUUUUGCUACGGUGCUAUUCCAUGACCUGUUGUCACAGCUUGAUGAUCAAUUUAGUCGAUUUUUGAUAGAAAACAACUUCUUGCUGCAACACAACAUAAGGAAAAGCAAACGUAAUCUUCAGGAUCACUUCCAAGAAGACCCAAUACACAUGGCAAUGGUUAUCUACAACUGUCUGAAAGAGGAGAGGAAAAUACUGAACAGUGCCCAGUUGUCAAAUCAGAUGGAAGUGGGGAGCAUACAGAACACUGUGAUUGGGAUGCUGGACAAACAGAAGGAGCUUGAUGCAAAAGUUAAGGCUGUAAAAAACAGUGUUAUUGAUGUGGAGCAAGACAUCAAGACGUUAGAGGAUGUGCAGGAUGAAUAUGACUUUAAAUGUAAAACCUUGCAGAACAGAGAGCAUGAACCCAACGGUGUGUCACAGGAUGAAUAUAAGAAAGAACAGCUGAAUCUCAAGAAGAUGUUUUUAUUACUUGACAUCAAGAGAAAGGAAGUGGUGAACAAAAUAAUACAGCUGUUGAACACCACAGAGCAUACUCAGAGUGCUCUUAUUAACGAGGAGCUGGUGGAGUGGAAACACAGGCAACAGACUGCGUGUAUUGGUGGCCCACCCAACGCCUGUCUUGACCAGCUACAGAGCUGGUUCACCAUUGUUGCUGAAAGUCUACAGCAAGUUCGUCAGCAGCUCAAAAAGCUUGAGGAAUUGGAGCAGAAACUUACGUACGACCCUGAUCCCAUCACAAAAAACAAACAAGUUCUGCAGGACCGAACAUACAGUCUUUUCAAACAACUGAUCCAGAGCUCCUUUGUGGUGGAGAGGCAGCCUUGCAUGCCAACACAUCCUCAGAGGCCAUUAGUCCUGAAGACUGGAGUACAGUUUACUGUGAAGUUGAGAUUGCUGGUGAAAUUGCAGGAGCUGAACUAUAACUUGAAAGUGAAAGUUUUGUUUGAUAAAGAUGUAAGUGAGAAGAACUCGGUCAAAGGGUUCAGGAAAUUUAAUAUUUUGGGAACAAACACAAAAGUAAUGAACAUGGAAGAAUCUACUAAUGGAAGUCUAGCAGCAGAAUUCAGACACCUGCAAUUGAAAGAACAGAAAAAUGCAGGAAGCAGAACAAAUGAGGGUCCUCUCAUUGUAACAGAAGAACUUCACUCUUUGAGCUUUGAGACGCAGCUGUGCCAGCCUGGCUUGGUAAUAGAUCUAGAGACCACAUCCCUUCCUAUUAUUGUGAUCUCAAAUGUGAGCCAGCUGCCAAGUGGAUGGGCUUCUAUCUUGUGGUUCAACAUGCUCUCUACUGAUCCCAAGAACUUGUCCUUCUUUCUGAAUCCACCCUAUGCAAAGUGGUCUAAACUUUCUGAAGUUUUGAGUUGGCAGUUUUCUUCUGUAACAAAGAGAGGACUUAAUGCAGAUCAGUUGAGCAUGCUUGGAGAGAAGCUACUUGGGCCAACAAGUGGAGGAUCUCAUGAUGGCCUUAUUCCUUGGACAAGAUUCUGCAAGGAAAAUAUAAAUGAUAAAAAUUUCCCCUUUUGGCUGUGGAUUGAAGGAAUCUUGGAGCUUAUUAAGAAGCAUCUCCUGUGUCUCUGGAAUGAUGGCUGCAUCAUGGGUUUCAUCAGUAAAGAGAAAGAACGUGCUUUGUUGAAGGACCAGAGUCCAGGGACAUUUUUACUAAGAUUCAGUGAAAGCAGCAGAGAGGGUGCCAUCACAUUUACUUGGGUCGAAGGAUCUCAAAGCGAGCUGCAGUUCCACUCAGUAGAACCAUACACCAAGAAGGAGCUUUCUGCUGUUACUUUCCCUGAUAUCAUUCGCAACUACAAAGUGAUGGCAGCUGAAAACAUUCCUGAAAAUCCACUGAGGUUUCUGUACCCAGAUAUACCCAAAGACAAUGCCUUUGGCAAAUACUACUCCAGACCUAAGGAGGCCGCAGAGCCUAUGGAUUUGGAUAGUCCCAAGGGAAAUGGCUACAUCAAGACCGAGUUAAUCUCUGUAUCUGAAGUCCACCCUUCUAGGCUCCAGUCUCCAGAAAAUCUCCUCCCCAUGUCUCCUGAGGAGUUUGAUGAGGUAUCUCGGAUGGUGGGCCCAGCAGAGAUUGAUACGGUGAUGUGUGCAGCAUAUUCAACUUAAAUUUUGAGCUCUCUACUGCAUCAUUAGCACAGCUGAGUAGCUUAUGCCUCUGUCAUCUUGUUCCACAGUCAGCAGCUUAGCAUCAAGCUUAAUUUCAAUUCUUUUGGAAGGCUCUGGCUAUUUCAUGGCACAUCAGUUUCUCACUGUGAAGGUCCAGUAGCCAUUUUUAAUCUGUUAACUAAGAUAUUUAAGUAGUAAGAAUAUAAACAGCAGUCUGAGUAGCCUUCUUAUGUGCAUUUUUCCUCGUUUGUGAGUUGUUAAAGAAUUUUUCUAUUAACAAGAUGCUGUGCCAGAGUGCAGGAAGAGAGGGAGAAUACUUAUCUUUUCAAGAGAGGAGUAGGAAUGAGAGAGGUCCUCACCAAGGACAUUGAGACAGAUGGGAGAAACGUGGAUUUUUGUUUAAGUGAAACAAUCAAAUUUAACAUUUAAAAUAGUUGGCUGUACAUAGAAGGCUUCAAAGGAGAGACAGUUCUUUUUCGGAGACUGUGUUCAGAAAGCUUGCACCAUCUCCCAAUUCUACAUCUAAAAAAGUUUUGCAGCUUUGAAUUUUCUACUUCUAAAAAAAGUUUUGCAGCUUUGACUUUUCUCCAACAGCAUAAAAAGGGGAGCAGAGAAAUACUCUGCAAGUAUUAUGCUGCACUGAAUCUGUAUAUUAUUAAAGUCUGUCUCAGCUCCAUCUUUUUUUAAGGGCAUGGCCUACUGCUCUGCAGGAGAACAUGAUCCAUAAAAGUACCUGCAUUUCAUUUUUGCUUGCUUCUUAAUGAAAGGUCUUUUUGAAAGGUCUUUGCACAAUCUUUUUCACAAAGAACACUUUUUGGAAAACAGCUUAAAGCUGCAUUGGCACAUGUUGAGCAUGCAGGUCACCACGUAGAGUUAAGAUUGAAGCCUUAGAAAGCAUGACUGCAGUCUGCAAAUAGCACUGUCAAACAAACUGAGAACCUACUCUUAGAGUACAAAAUGGGUUUGAGUUUGCUACUCACAUUGCUUAACCUCCCAAGAUAGGAUCUGGUCAGUAGUAUCUUUUCUUUUUACAGUAAUAUCAUCUCCCUAAUUUAGGUUAUAACAGGUGGCACAGCACUUAAUUUUCUUAUGCAGUAUGAACCAGGGCAUUUAUUUAACUGUGGAUUUGAAUAGCUAUAAGAUGCUACAGGCUUUGAUGAAGAAAUGUAUUUGCAGUUGGGGAGAAGGCACAGGAAAGUGAAGUUAAAUUUAUAUUGAGUAAUGGUUGCAGGACAUGCAAACUUGAGUGCUUAAAGGAUGUAAGAGGAGCAACAGAUUUGUUUCUCAGCACAUUCAAAGAUCCUUCACAACUCACAGUUAAGAGACAGGGUUGUCCUAAGCAGAUGGUGCCUUGGACCGGUGGCAGGUGUUAUCACACAGCUGAUGAGAGGGACCGCAGAACCUGCUGGAUUCCAUGCCUGUGGUGCAGGUGCUACUCCUGGCCCUACUGCUGGCCAUUCCCACCGCCUGGGAGGACAGCACUGGCACAUGUGACUUACAGAGGCUGCAGAGGUAUUUUUCUACCAUUGAUAUGCUGACUCAAUUAGCCACCUGUUAGAAAAUAAAUUACUGGUUGAAUUUGGGGGCAUUGUGCCCAGGAAGACUGAGGUACCCCCUGCAAAAGCUAGAGAGGAAAGAAAUUCUUAAUGGAUCUAGGACAUACAAAGUAUGUACUUAAAUGGAAAGUGUCACCAAGUUGUCUUAUUUUAGUACCCUAGGUUACUGAGGUUAACAGUGGUACAGAAUACCACAGUAGGUGACCUAGUACUUUAGUUCUAUUAAAUAGCUGAAUGUGUAUCUUCUGAUUUUAAUAUGGAAUCAAACAUCUGUUCUUUGAGCUGCAGCUUGUACUCAUGUUCUGUAUGCAAGUUCUUGUUCUCAGUACUUUUAUAUUUUAUCUAAUGGAGUCAUAUUUUCUUGUGAGAUUUAAAGCAAUGGCCUUAUUAUUCAUGGUUUCAUCUUUAAAUGGCAAUAGUUGUAAAAGCAGUGGUUUUUUCCAGUGGAAUAUUAAUUCUUUUGCCAUUUAAAAUAAACUGAAGUGUCCAUUGGCACUUUUGUCCUUC